AUGAACCUCUCGGAGCAGAUUUCAUUCCUCUUCAGCUGUAAUGUCAGGCCAAGUGAGAAGCCACAGCUCCAGAUAAGUGUCUCCAAAAGGGAGCCACUGACUGUCGCCGUCCCCAUGACCAUUUUCUACAGCAUCGUCUUCUUGUCUGGAAUCUUACUCAAUGGUGUGAGCAUGCUGACCCUCCUCAUGGAUGCUCAUAUGAGAGGCAGUGCCAUUCGUUUCUACCUUAUCAGCCUGGUCAUAUCAGACAUUUUGCAGCUGUUGACCCUCCCGAUAACACUGUAUCGGUACUAUUGGGAGAGCUACCCAUGGCGUCUGGGCCGAACAGUCUGCAAACUCUACUUCAUGGUGCGCCAAGUGUACUGUGCCACCACAAGCUGGGUUAUAAUGACCUUCACCAUGGAGCGCUAUGCAGCCAUUUGCCACACCAUGUGGUCUGUCUCCAGCCUGAAGAAGUUUCGUCUGCCAUGCCUUCUUUCUAUCUGGAUCAUAUCUCUGGUGUCGGCUGUACCCUUUGCUCUGGUCUAUGACCAGGCUCUUGCCUGCAUCCUGGACUACACCGCCGCUACACGAAAAGAAGCCUUUCACGUGUCCACCAUGUGUGAGAUGACAGAGCCUGAUCCUGCACACAUCUACAAAGGUGCUUUACUCCUGAGAGCAGGAAUCUUUUUUCUGGUCCCAUUGGUCUCCAUUUGUACUCUCUAUCUGCUCAUCCUGCUCUACCUUAAGUGGAAUGGACGUCAAAGAAGAAUAAUGGGUCUAACGCGGCCGGAUCCAGAAGGAAGACGAGACAUUCAGUGCCAUCAGAAUGGAAAGCUACUUUUAAAUGAAAAGAGAGCUCUAAAACUAAUGGGUGCAGUCUUGGUGUCCUUUUUUGUUUGCAACUUUCCAGACAUUGCCUCGUCGCUGAUGCAGGUCUACGUGGUUGUGUGGUCCGACACCGUCCUUUCUGUCUACACAAUCCUGAAAUGGUACUUGUCGCUUCCACUGUGGUAUAUGAACAGUGCUCUGGACCCGCUGCUGUUCUGUAUUUCCUCCCACACAUUUCGCAGGGCGUGCUGGAGAACUCUGGGAAGGCUCAGGCCUACCUUCGACUGGAAAUGUGGGAACGUGCCUCGGCCGUGGCAAAGAAGUGCUCAUGAAGAAGCAACCACAACAGCCAGUAAGAGGAUUCAUGGUGAAUGCUACAGAGAGAAUGUGGCCAAAAAGAGAAACACAAUCACUAACGAAGCCGAUCAGAAGAAUGGAAAUAGCAAUGAAAGCCCCUUUCAAAAUGAGCAACAGCGAUAA